AUGACGAUGAUGGAGAUUAUCAUGAUGAUGAAAGUAUGCGAUCGUGGUGGAGGAGGUCCUCCGCUAAAUGAGUGCGAUGUUGUCAUGCCAGUGACGAAGCCAGUGGCUCAGGCUAGCAGGAACCCGAUCUUCUCUCCCAACGCAAGCUUCUCUUUCUUCUGCCCGUGGCAUCACAAGCAUCUCAAAUGGCAGGCCAAGGAUGUCUUCAACCCUGCCGCCCUCGUCCGCGACCACAAGGUUCACCUCCUGUUCCGCGCCGAAGAUUUCGAUGGGAUGCAUGCGGGGACUUCGAGGAUCGGGCUGGCCAGGAGCGAGGACGGGCUGCACUUCCCCGCAGAGGACACGCAUCCCUCGCCCGUCCUCUUCCCUGCGCCGGAGGAGGGAGACUGCUGCUUCAGGGUCGACUACCUCGAGGACACGUGCAAGGACAAGUGCCAAAGGGACACGGCGGCUGGGAUGGUGAAGGUGGGGGAGGGCAAGUACAGCAUGUCGCUCUACGAUGCUGAGGGAGGAUGCGAGGACCCGCGAGUCGUUCAAGAUGAGGAGGGAACUUACUUCAUGCUGUACACGUCGUACGAUGGGCAUGUCGCGCGCUUGUCGGUUGCAUCUUCCAACAAUCUCACCACGUGGACCAAACACGGACUUGCUUUCAAGCAAAGAAUUGGAUUCCUGUCGACACGAGCAACACCAUGUCGGGCCGAUG